AUGGGGCCCUUUCAGGAUAAAGGGUAUGAAGAUGCUAAAGUAGUGAUUGCUGCUUUGAGAAGCAAAGGAGUGACUUCCAUAGGGGCUGCCGGUUUUUGCUGGGGAGAUGUCAAGAUUCCGACUGCCAUAUUGGGCGCUGAGAUUGACAAUGCUUCUCCACCUGAACAACUGAAACAUUUUGGGAAGAUUCUCUCGGCAAAAUCGGAGUUUGAUAGCUAUGUGAAAAUAUUCCCUGGUGUGUCUCAUGGAUGGUCAGUGAGAUAUAAUCUCGAUGAUGAACAAGCCGUGAAGAGUGCUGAAGAGGCCCAUGCAGACAUGUUAAAUUGGUUUACCAGGCAUAAUUAA